CAGGAACCGGAUGUUUCCUGCUAUGUCGCCAACAUGAAUUCUUCUGAAGAUGUCCACAGCUGGAGUCCUCACAGUUCACAAAGCCAUGAAUCCACCGCAGACAUGGUCGCCGUGGGUAGGAUGAGCACAGUGCCCUAUAACUUGUCCUCCUCUUCCGGUCAACUUGAUUGGAACAUCACGGCCUCGGCGGAGAAAAAGCUGGCCAUGGAGGUUGCUAACGCCAUCGAGUUCUAUGCCAUUCCCAUAGUGUGCAGUCUGGGCAUCGCCCUCAAUGUCAUCAACGUGUUGGUCUUGACGGAGCACUACCUGAAGGAGUCGCCCUACGUCUACUUGCGCGCCCUCUCUGUCGUCGAUCUCUCCGCCCUCUUCAUGUCCACCAUCUUCUUCAUCUUCACCAAACCGCGAGAAAGUCGCAACUUCAUGGUCAGCGACGGUAGUCCCGGCCGCGACUUCGGCAUCGUGUAUGGCGCCUACAUCUUCUUUCCCCUGAGCAACCUGUGCAUCAGCUCCAGCACAUGGAUCGUGGUCACCCUCACGGUAGAGCGGUACCUCUUCAUCCGGUACCCACUAUGGGCGAGGGAUCGAUGCACACCCAACAUGGCCAAGCUCAAGAUCCUGCUGCUGCUCGUCGUGCUGUUGUUCCUGAACGUGCCCAGGUUCAUGAUGUAUCACGUGGUGGCCGAGAAGGAUCCGUCAGGCACGGAAGUGCGGCUGCAUCUCAAGCCCACGCGCUUUCGCCACAGCUCGCUGAACACGGCGUUCCUGUGGGUGUACACCAUCGUCUUCGGUGUAGUGCCUUUGCUGAUCCUGUGCUUCUCUAACUCCUACCUGGUGUAUGCCGUGCGGCGCGCCAGGCGCCAGCGCCAGCGGCUGGACAUCAGGAACAACAUGGAGGCCAACUGGACCCGCGAACAAACGCGCCUGACUUUGACCCUCAUUGCCAUCGUCUUCUUGGCUGUCGUCUGCAUCCUGCCCUCAGCCUUCGGGGACGUGGUGCUCAUGUCCUACCUCGUGUCCCGCAGCCACGCGCUGCACAGCUUCCAGUCAUCCUCCUUCUAUUUGAUCUUCCGCGCCAUCUCUAACUUCCUGCUCAUCUGCAACAUGUCUCUCAACUUCGUCUUGUACUCGGCCUUCAACGACAAGUUCGUGCGAGUCAUGAGGCGGAUGGUGCGAAGGUGGAUCGACAGCUUGAACCGAAGAGGAGCUCGCCCCCGGCGCCCCUCCUUCCAGAAGAUCUACACCGCGAUGUCGCACAGAACUGCCGUCAGGUCCAAAUCAUCUUCUGACAAGGAGGGCAGCAGUUCCCCCAAGACAUCAGCUAUUGAGAACACCCCGUCACCUCAGUGACAUGCUGCCUCAGAGACUUAGGAGAUUGUUGACUUCAGUGCACCCGAAUAUAAAGAGUAUCAUUUUAAAAAAUUACAAGCAAUCGAAAACAAUGAACUGAAAACAAAUACGCGCACAAAAAUCUACGUGUCUGCAAUGUCCUCUUUGUUUGCCAGGUAAAAAUGUUGAGCAAGUGUGCACCCAUUCCAUCAUGGUUAUCUGAAACAUUUAUUGCACAUUAUGAAAUACGCAUCUUAGUUACCGGCGGACCGGCUCCACGGGUGUUCCGUGUCCGGCUGGUGGCAGUUAAGGGAGCGACGACGACGACAAUGAUGAUGGAUGUAAAUAGAUAAACCGCUGUGUAAUAUCCACGUGACAAGUAUGAAACUUGUUAUUCUUGUAUGGUCAGUGGGAGCAGGAAGAGUGUCUCGUAUCGGUGACAAUUUGUGUAUCCUGUGUUCGUCUGAAAAUACUGUCUUCUUUUGAAGAAUCGUUUUGUUUAAGGUCGGUCUGCACCAACUGCACUUUUAACGUGUUUUCCUGUGAGACUGCAGUCUCAAGGCUUGCUGCCUGUGGACCGAGCGAACGAGAAAGAUGGCGUAUAUAGCACUACAGUAGCAUCAUAUGUUUUAUAUGUUAUACAGUAGCACGACAUGUUAUAUAGGAUGUGAGAGCAGUAGACAUGUUUCCAUGCUCAACUUUGAAACCAUUAACUGGUUAUGCAAAAACUCUCUGCUCGUAGCCUGCAUUCCUGGAAUCAUUUUGCCUGUGUGUGUUUUCAUCACCGUAU